GAUGGAUAUAUUGGUGAACUUAACAUUAUCGUUGGAGCGCCCGGAUGAACUUGCUGGGAAUAUAAGGAUAUAUACUAAGGACUGAGCAUGGGAAAUACUGACCACCUUUAUGAACUAUGGACUUUAUAUACAAUCAAGAAUGAAGCGCAAUAUCUACAAAGAUACAUUCAAGAAUUUGCUCACGUCUACGAGGGAAUCAUCGACCUGAACUUUGAACUCGUCGAUGUCAAACGAGAUUCGAAUGUAACCGUCACCGAUGGGGCUGAUAAAGCAAAAGCAGCCAAGCAAUUGGUUGAUCUUUUAUCAAAUCCAAAAGAUUCUGAUGCAGAAUUGGGGCCACCAAAUUUAUCCGAACUACCGGAUGGGUUUUUGCAGGCUAUUAAUCGUCAGCUAAUGGGGAUUCGUGAUUACUUCAAUACUGCUGCUCUAUCAGUUGACAAGAACAGUUUCAAGCCAGAGAAAGUUGUCUAUGCAACUAACCUUGUCAAAUCUCUCUCUGUUAUUUGCAAGAAUCAUGAAAACUUGAAGCUUCUCUCAUCAGCAAGUCUUGUUGGUCUUGUUUUGAAUGUCGCAUCAUAUGUAGUACAAUUGAUUACUGGAGGGAACUCGGAGGAUGCAAAAACAUUACAGAGACUGGAAACAUUCCUACAUCAUGCUUUGUAUCUUUGUGAAUGUCUGUAUGAUCCUCUUCAUACAUGGAGAAAGAGAUUGAGAGGAGCUGAAUUGGAAGCUGAGACAGAUAAGAACAUAACUCCACUUUUGAAUGUUGACAUCAUUCCAUUUUUCUACGGCACACUUCAAACACAUGAUCGUUCACUGAGCGAUGAUUUGCAGAGACAUUUUUUGCAUAUGUUUGGUGCAUUACUGUGUGGAUCCCAGAGGAAUGCUUUAUUGGCAUCUUCAUCGACUACUUUAGACAUUUUAUUGAACUUUCUUUCACGCUUCAUGGGCCUUGAAGAUCACAGCAAUCAGCCUUCACCUGUGAAACCAUCGACUGAGCAACAACAACAACAACAGCAACAGCAAGAAAGUGGAAAACCAAAGUUAUCCCUGGGCUUGCCAAGGAUUGAGAUUUCAGGAGACGGAAUUACGAGGCUUUUCAACCAAAGCAAAGAUGUUGAGGGAGCAAGACUCGUUCUGAGAUUGAUUAUAAAGAUGGUUCAUGUUCUACAUAAUGCUGGUCCUGAUCAGAGACAAAUCAGUGUGAAAGAUGUUCUCGAUGAAUAUUUUACUCUUCUGACAAAAGCAAAUGGAAAUACAGAUAUGCAAUUACAAAUGAUAAGAUUCAUCCCAGAGUUUCUCAACACCCUGGAUCGACCAGCUUUGCAAAUGAUGUUGCUGCAACAAGGUUGCUUCAACCAAUUGAAGAAUGUACUUCAAAAUUAUAAUCCAGGGUUGUCUACUGAAGAAUCUGAGCAAUUUUCAGUUCAAUUUGUUAAUAUUGUGACUGCACUUGUAGCAGGAUCUAUGAGUGCUAAGGAAUAUUUUCAAGACGAUCUAGGUUAUGCUUUUCUGUUUGAAAGAAUCCGUGAAUUGAGCACUCCUACCAAGGAGAUUUUUAUUUCUUUUUUAAAUAUGGCUGUCGAAGCACAAAUGUUGUUGAAGCGUCCACAACCAAUCAAGAAUAUAUUUGUUGUUUUAAUGUUGAUGCAAUGGCUGCCAGAUAUUAAGCAAGUUGAGCAGCAGAUCUGGUUGGCCAGUAUAUUGAAGAGAUUAUUUACAUCAUGCAAUGAAAAUAAAAUAAUAGCUUGUCUGUGCAAAGUCGUUACUAAAGUUCUUGUCAUUCUUGUCUCACAUCCACAUUUACACAAGAGCACGGUACUUCACCUUCUUGAGUUAAUUGAACUACUAGGAACAUAUUCAAUGUCUCCAAGACAAACUGCUGCCUAUAUUGAACUACUCAGACAAGACUCAGAGCAACACAGGCAUUUGAAUCCUUAUUUUGGGCGGAUGCUUCAUAGUUUAUCUGCGAUGGCUCGGAAAGACACCGCUGAAAGAAAAUCUUCUCACUUCUUUGACUUACAAGAUUCCACUUCUGGCAUCACAGUUCCAGAGAUCAAAAAAUGGGGAGGAUCUGGAUUCUCAUUUCAUGCUUGGUUGUGUCUGAACUUUCAUCCUCAUAUGAAAAGAAGGAGUAAAUGUAGGAGACAGUUGUAUAGUUUUUUCUCAUCAUCUGGGACUGGUAUGGAAGCAUUUUUCACUCCUGAAUGUGAACUUGUCAUCGCUGUUUGCAAUAAAAAGAAUUAUUUAACUGUGAAGUUGAAUGAAGCACCUUUGAUUGACAACAAAUGGCAUUGUCUACACAUUGUUCACCAUCCAGCAAAACGUCCAUUUGGGAGCAACGGUACCUUGAACGUUUAUAUUGAUGGAAGGCUGGUCAUGACAACAACAUUAAGAUGUGCAAACCUUGGUGAGACCUUUUCCAUGUGUCAUAUAGGAUCUGCUGGACUUAGAACAAGCGCUUCCAAUAUCUCACUAUCCACUCCUGGCAUCCCUGGUACUCCUGUGAGUGAAUUAGGAACCCCUGUUACUCCAAAGACAUAUGGAUCACCAGUUACCCCUUCAAGGGUUGAAAAUGCUUCAAAGACAGACAGAGUUGUAACGAUAGAUGCAGGGACACAAGAUGAUGUUUGGGGUCGCGCAGUAUCGCUUCGUGGCCAGCUCGGAUCAGUGGCCGCUUUCAACGAUGUGUUAACAGAAGCUCAAGUCAAGGCUUUGAAUAUUGCAGGUCCAGACAAGAAGACAGUCAUGAACUCAGAUGACGUCCCAGGCGACAUCAAAUCCAAACUAGUUGUAUACUAUGCAGCGAAGGCUUGUCAUAGAUAUGUAUGCCGAGACCUGUCUUCUAGUCAAACACCACGAGAUGGGAAUCUAACUGGUCAUAAGAUUGUGACAUGGGAUGUGAAGGACUCUAUCAAUGCAAUAGGAGGAGUUCAUGUCUUGUUCCCGUUACUGGAAGAAAUAAAUACAAUGCAUCUCAAUAGAGGAGAGAGUAAUGAAGCAGUUUCCCCAAAUGAAGUUGUUCAAGAUGAUGCUUCUCCAGUUAAUGAAGAUGUUUCAUGGGUUAUGAUUGAAAGCCCAAAGUCAUCAGAUUUGAAACUCCAAAAGAACCAUGUGGCAGCUUUUAUUAUUUUAUUGAAGAACUUUGCAGCUCAUUCAGGCACAGGUUCCAUAGGAAGACAUGCAGUUAAUGAAGAUAUGCUCGUGCAAUGUUCUGGAAUUGCUACCAUUGGUGCUCUCUUGCAGAAGAUGCCUGCUGAAUUGAUCGAUGCAGAUGUAUUGAUGGCAACACAGUUACUUCUGGAAUCUAUCGAUUCUUCAACAACAAUGGGAACUAAUCUAUUGCAUCAAGUUUAUCAGUAUUUGCUGUUUGACUUCAGAAUCUGGAGUAGAAGUGAAUUCACUGUUCGUAUUGGACAUAUUCAAUAUCUGGCAACAGUGAUAAAGGACAACAGGAAAGCUUUCAGAAAGAAAUAUGGAGUGCAAUACAUGCUGGAUGUUAUUAAGACUUAUUACUGUUCUUCCGACUCCCAACUCAGUAUUGAUGACACCUGUGUUAUACGAAGCUCACUUCUAGGCCUUGUCAAAUACUAUGCAGCUCGAGAUAUAACUGCUGAUGAACUAAGUUCUAUUCUAGGAUUCAUAACUGCUUCAAAAGCACAGCAAGAAGUCCAGCUUUGUGAAUGCCUUGAUCUGCUUUCAUCAUUGCUUGAAUGUCCAUGCAAAGGUCAACUGCAUUGUUUAUUGUAUGAGCAAGGAAACGCCGAUCUCUUGUACGUCAUUCUUGCUGACCAACAAUUCAGUGAAGUCAUCAGAAUAAAAAUAUGCAAGAUGUUGACGAAACUUCUCAAGACAGAAUAUGUUUACGAAAAGAACAAAACGUUUCUCAAACUUCAAUCAGUUGGAUUCUCCAGUCUUAUCACAAGAAUGAAAGAUCUACCACCAACAAGAGUCUUCUGUGACCAAUUAUUGGACCUUGUUAUUGAGAUUGUCAACAACUCUUCUAGUUCAUCAGGCCCAAUUUUCAAACAUAAAGAUCUUGGAUCAGGAGCUUUGUUCUCUGUUCUUCAUUUCUUUCAUCGAGCUCAUAUAUCAACUAGAAGAGAUGCUGCCAAACGGUUGCUGGAUCUGCUUCUUACUAAAAAUGGAUUCCUGGCUCAAUGUGUCAACCAACCAGCUUGGCAGGAUACUUUGACGAGGUUAUUGGUGAAAGACUCAGAUUAUACAGAAUCAAGAACUGGAAGUUUUUCUCAAAGAUCUGAUGCAGGAUUCGAAUCUCUAGACGAUGUUCCCUCACUUGUUGUUGAUGGAAGCCAUCUUGAGCCCAGAAAAGAGUCAAUGAAUGAAGAAAAUGCCAACGAUUCAAGAUCUGCUUCUAUCAAUGGUGAAGAAGAUGAAAAUAAGAACACACAACAACAACAACAGCAACAACAAACCAAAUCAGUCUUUGAUAUUUUCAAUAAAAAUUCGCCACAAUCUGAGAAUGGAAAUAUGCAAACGUUGAAAAAACCAAUGUCAUUCCCUGAAGAACUGAAAAAAUUUAAGGACAACAUCAUAACACAAAUCAGUUCGCCAGUGAUGAAAGAUUUUGCAAGCGAAAGUUUUUCCGAGCUCACAGUUUCUGAGCACUCUAGCACCACCAGUCUGAAACAAAGUGGAAAAACGAGUCCUACUCUUUCAGAUCAUUAUUUCAACUUUGAACCUAGAGUAGAGAAUUUGUCGAGUACCGCAGGAAGCAUGAGCAAUUUACUCGACUAUGAAGCAGAAUAUGGAAUGUCAUUAAAAGAACGUUUUAGUCAAAUAGAAGAAGAUUUAGCAGAUGCUGUGACUGAGAUCUUGUACAUCAUGAUAUGGAGAGGAAUUGAUGGAACAACUGUAGAUUCAUGGAAGGCUCGAGGACAAGUAUUUGCAUGUUUGAACAAGUUGUCCAGUUCUCAUGAUCUUGUUCAAAAUUCUGAGAAAUUGAAACUAAGAAUUCUAGAACUCUGUGUUGAAGCUGCUUGUAAUGAUCUGAAGAAUCUUACAGCAGGAGCAGCAAAGUCUAAUGCAUCUGGUGCGAAUUCUUUUCUUCACAUCGCAGAGAAAUCAGCAGAAUUGAUCAGACAUGUCAAUGAUUUUCUUGUCAAUCAAGGAUCUGAUGCCACGCAUGUUUGGUCUAUAAAUCUCAUGGAAAACAUGUUUAUGUUAUUUGAUGUUCUCGUUGUCUGGGACAACAACAAUGAGUCAUCAUUGAAUGGACCAACAGAAUGGGUUGAGCUUGCAAGCAUCGGAUUGAGGCUACUGCUCGGAUGCAUGAAUACAGAUAAACUUGAACUGGUUGCCAUGGCAGCAGCAAAAUUACAUCAUCUUAUCCACUCGAGGUCACCGAGGAGCACAGAAGAAAUUUGCUACCUUUUGAACAAUCUUCAUAAAAUACAAUGUAAAAGCAUAAAAGAUGAUACCCAUGUUGUAAAGUUUGUUGUUCCAUUGAUUCGAGAUUUGCUGGAUAAGAAUUACGAAGUUCUCGCUCUGGGACAGUUUUUGAAUGAUCUACCUCCCACUAGUGGAAGCGCUACAUUCUUCGAUGACUUCGUAAAAUAUUGUCAAUCUAAGGAAUGGAUUCAAUUCAUAAAUAAACAUGUCCAACACAAAGCUUCCCAACAUGAAGAAGACACAUUCCGUGAUUCUCACAAUCAGAUGACAAAGUACUGGCUCAACGUCAUGGAGGAUUCUACAGUUGCUUGUCAUAAGAGAGACCGGGAUGGUGGUGAAAGCAAAUUGAAAUUCCAAGCUCAGAUCGAGAUUCCCUUUCAAAGUCGUCGAACAACGGAAGAAGAAAGACAAGCAAAGAAUAUGAAGCAAUUGUUCAAUCAACACAAUGCUGCACUAAGGCAAUGGAGAGCUACGAAGAGGUUUUUAACAAGUGGAAGAGGCCCUUGGAAAGAUAGGAACCUCGGAGAAGUAGCCUGGAAGCUAUCGAAUGUUGAGAACUUUUCGCGAAUGAGAUUGAAAUUGACUGAGAACUAUAACUUUGAUCCUCACACAGAUGCAAGUAGAUUAAGAGACAAUGUGGAAAUCAUUGAACCUGUUACCCAGAUGACAGCUGAUGAUGGUCUAAUUCCUGCAUCAGCAGUAAAGCAAGCUGAAUCCGCAAAAUCAUCGAGUUUAGAAGAUGACAGCGUAGGAGAUGAAGAAUGGAGUACUCUGACUAGUAAUGUCAACACUACAGCAGACACACAAAGCCAAAAAGAGAAAAGUGUGUUCUCAGCAGAAUGUCAUCUUGUAACACUGAUGGAUUACAUUGUUGGAAAGAUUGAAAUCUCAACAACUCAUGUCUACUUCUAUGAUAGCAGUGUUAAUAAAGAUGAAGAAACUGGACGAGAUUUCAAAUGGUCUUUACAACACUUACGUGAAGCCCAUUUCCGUCGAUACAAUCUCAGAAGAAGUGCAUUGGAACUGUUCUUAAUCGACCAGUCUAAUUAUUUCAUCAACUUUGACGACCUCAAACAAAGAAACGCAGCUUACAAGGCUUUACUCAGUGUUAGACCUCCUAAUUUGUUAUAUUUUGGAAGCAGAUCGCCGCAAGAGCUCUUAAAGGCAUCUGGAUUAACUCAGAAAUGGGUGCAGCGAGAAAUCAGUAACUUUGAUUAUUUAAUGCAAUUGAAUACAAUAGCUGGGAGAACAUAUAAUGAUCUGAGCCAGUAUCCAGUGUUUCCUUGGAUAGUUGCUGACUACACUUCAGAGAAAUUAGAUUUGACGAAUCCGGCUUCAUUCAGGGAUUUGUCCAAACCAGUCGGAGUUCAAAAUCCUGACAAUGAACAGGAAGUACGAGACAAAUUUGACAAUUUUGAAGAUCCGAGUGGAAUGAUAGAGAAGUUUCAUUACGGCACUCAUUAUUCAAAUUCCGCUGGUGUUCUUCAUUACAUGAUUAGAAUGGAACCAUUCACGACGUUACAUAUACAGCUGCAGAGUGGAAGAUUUGAUCUUGCCGAUCGUCAGUUCCAUUCCAUUCCUACAUCAUGGCAAGCUAUCAUGGACAAUCCUAACGAUGUAAAAGAACUUAUUCCAGAGUUUUUCUACCUUCCUGAAUUCCUGGUCAACUUGAACAAAUUUGAUCUUGGAAAACAUCAGAUUACUAAAGAUCUUGUGAACGAUGUUAUUUUGCCGGUUUGGGCAAAGACGCCGGAAGAAUUUGUAUUCAAGAAUCGAAAAGCGCUUGAAUCAGAAUAUGUUUGCCAGAAUCUCCAUCACUGGAUAGAUUUGAUAUUUGGUUACAAACAGAGAGGAGAUGAAGCUGCUAAAGCAUUGAAUGUGUUUUAUUAUUGCACAUAUGAAGGGGCUGUUGAUCUUGAUGCAAUCACUGACCCAGUGCAGAGAAAAGCAGUCGAAGGAAUGAUUAAUAACUUCGGUCAAACUCCGACGCAACUUCUACGGGAACCUCAUCCAAGGAGAAUGUCUCGAGUCGAAGCGGCAAGAAGGUUGCAGCGGAGGAAGAUUGUCUCCUCUACUGGAGAUAUGAGAACCCUCAGUGUGUUGGAUCAUCCUGAUGAACUGAAAGCUUUCUUUGUGGAGGUCAUGCCAGAAAGCGAUCCUCUUGUUUUUGUAUCUGUUCCAAAAUAUCAAGCAAGAUCAUUUAUACAAGCAGGGAUGCCAGAUGUGCUGGUUACAAUCAGCAAACAUGGGAUUCUCGGAAGUCAUGGAUGGCUGCCAUACGAUAAAAGCAUCACCAAUUAUUUCACUUUUGAGAAAGACCCGAGUAUUACUAAUCCAAAACUUCAGCGCAAAAUCCAAGGCCUCCCGAUACCUGGAAUCACUUUAUCUGCUCGGUUAUUUGUGAUUACCCACGAUGCAAAGUUACUGUUUGUUGGAGGACAUUGGGACAACAGUGUGAGAGCUGUUACUUUAGGAAGAUCUAGGAAUAUAACACACUUGGUCAGACAUUUCGACAUUGUAACCUGCCUGGCACUUGACAACUGUGGAUCUCACUUGAUAUCUGGAUCAGCCGAUACAACCUGUGUCAUAUGGCAGAUUAUACAACACAACGGAGUAUCAACUGGAGUUUCACAACGACCAUUACAAGUAUUAUAUGGGCACGAGGAUGAAGUGAUGUGUGUGGCGAUCAAUACUGAACUAGACAUGGCGGUUUCUUCUUCAAAGGAUGGUACUUGCAUUAUCCACACAGUAAGGAAAGGCAACUAUGUUCGUACUAUUCAACCUAUGAGCAACUGUUCAGAUCCUUUAGUUGUUCCGUACAUCGCAUUGUCUGAGGAAGGACACAUUGCUUUAUAUGCUCACACAAAGAAAGAUGCUAAAGAGGAGAAAUUAUAUUUACACUUGUACUCGAUCAAUGGGAAACACCUUGCUGUAGAUUGUUUGGAGUCAAAGUUGAAUCAUAUGACAAUAACAGGGGAAUUCUUGAUAUCGGGAGACGUCAAAGGAUCUCUGGUGAUAAGGGAAUUGUUCAGCUUGGAACCCGUAUCACACCUAACAUUAUGCCAGAGUAUAUACUGUGUAUCGGUAGCAAAGAAUGGUUCUCAUAUCUUAGUGACAUUACGAGAUGGAAAACUAAUCAUUGUGGGAGUUGGCAGACCAGCAGAAGCAAGACCUUUGUUUUCUUAACUCAUGUUUAUUUGAUUUACAUCUGAAACAUUGCUGGGAAUUAUAAAUUGUAACAAUUUAUGUCCUGAAAUUUUUUAUUUCCUAUUCAUUUUUUAUUCCCCAUGACAGUGGUUCUCAAACUUUUUGCCACGCCCUCUUUUUAGAAUUUGUCAAGCCUUGCGCCCCAUUUCAAAAAUAACUAGCUAAA